UCUUCCUCCAACUCCAACCACAAAAAAGAGUUGCACAAAUGGAACAAAAAGCCAUCAAUUCCUCCUCCGCCGACGACCAAGAMCAGCAACACUUUGCUUACGCUGCUCAUUUGGUUACCUUAUCAGUUUUUCCCUUCACUCUCCAAGCCGCCUUGGAGCUCGGAGUCUUCAAGAUCCUGGCGAAGGCCAGCCCCGGGGCCGAGCUCUCCGCGGCCGAGAUAGCAGCAAAGAUAACGGCGACGAACCGGAAUGCGGCGUCGAUGGUCGAUCGGAUGCUGAGGCUUCUGGCCACGCACUCGGUGGUCGGAUGCUCCACAGUGGAGGAUGAAGGUGGGAAUGUAAAGAGACUCCAUAGCCUCACGCCCGUUUCUAAGUAUUUCGUUCGUAAUGAAGAUGGUGUGUCGUUGGGCCCCAUGAUAUCGUUGAUUCAAGAUCAAGUGUUUCUUGAUAGCUGCCCUGCCAUCCCCGUUUCGAGGAUCGACAACAAGUCUUGGGAGAUCAUCAGGCGAGCCCAAGGUCGGAGCCUAAAGUACGCGCUGUGGGGUGAAGCACUCGUCUUGAACUCCCACCUUUUCUCUAGCGGUCUCAGUUCUCACGACCAACCGGACGAGUUCAAGAAGCUCCCCAAACCUCGGCAACACAGCUCACAGAAGCGGAAAGCCCCUGAAGAGAUGGCCUCAAAAUUCCU